AGGGGGGGGGUUAAGAAAGAGAAAAGAGGGGAAUAGUUGGAACGAUUAUCAGGACGAUCUGUUGAAGAGAGUGUGCACGAUUACGACAUAAAACAAGGAUAUUACCGCAUUGAGGUAGAAUCGUUGUCGUCGUAGUUGUCGUAGUUAUCGUCGUCGAGGUUGUCAUGGGCCAUGGGCACAGGUACUCCGAGGGAUUACCACCACUUCUAUCGUCUCGCAAUCCUCCGUGGUACUCUCGACCCUUUCCAACGUGUUUCCGUGUACGUCACGAGCGAGAGUUACCCCUUCUUCUCUCAACUGGUCCUCUAUUUGCGACGUAGAAGAAGGGGUGAAAACGAUGCAAAGGGGUGCAACUGGUCCACCACUACCACCACCACCACUACCACCAACAUCAAUGCUUUCUACCACCUCCACAUCUCGGUAGAUCACGAGAAUGGAAGAUUUUGCAGGCUCUGCAAAGUCGUUCGUUCGAAGGAGUCAGUCGUCGGUUGCACGUUCUCGCGAAUCAGAGAAUAGCCAUCGGAAAGUGGUACGAGCCACUAACCGGACCUGGUUCUGGAUUGGCACAAAUUCACAUCUUUUAUCUCUCUCUCUCUCUCUCUCUCUCUCUCUCUCUCUAUCUCUCUUUCUCUCUCUUAUCAUCCUUUGUCUCUAACUUUGUUUUUAUCCUCGUCUUCUUUCCUCUUUCUGUCUCUUGAACUUUCUCUUUCUCUUUCCUUCCUUCCCUCCCCCUUACCCCCAUUUUCUCCAUCCCUAAUAUCCCUUCGACAUUAUCCCAAAACAAACGUUUUGAAAAAUUGUACAAAAGGAUGCAUUGAAGGAUAAAGAAAGAAUGUCGACGGAAGGAGCACACGGAAGAGGCAUGACUUCGGAGGCAAUCCUCUCCACGUUUCUUCGUCUUCUUCUUCUUCUUCUUCUUUUCCUAUUGGACCGCACCGCAGAUGCACAGAGAAGCUUAGAAUUCUUCGAUCUUCUACCGGAGGAUCCAAAACUUUACGAUAAAAUGAGACCACCGAAAAAAGAUGGACAAGCGACCGUCGUCUAUUUUCACGUCACCGUAAUGGGUCUCGAUUCGAUCGAUGAAAAUUCAAUGACCUACGCUGCGGACAUAUUUUUUGCUCAAACGUGGAAGGACAACAGACUGAGACUACCAGAAAAUAUGACUUCGGAGUAUAGAUUAUUAGAGGUCGACUGGCUGAAGAAUAUGUGGCGACCUGAUUCUUUUUUCAAGAAUGCCAAAUCGGUGACCUUUCAGACGAUGACGAUACCAAAUCAUUAUCUCUGGCUCUACAAAGACAAAACUAUCCUAUAUAUGGUGAAAUUGACAUUAAAACUCUCUUGCGCUAUGAACUUCUUGAUUUAUCCACACGACACGCAGGAAUGUAAACUGCAAAUGGAGAGCCUGUCUCAUACGACGGAUGAAAUGAUCUUCCAAUGGGAUCCCGACGUACCACUUGUUGUCGAUGAGAACAUAGAAUUGCCCCAAUUACAACUUGUGAAGAACUAUACGGCUGACUGCACGCAAGUCUAUUCCACCGGUAAUUUCACCUGUUUGGAAGUGGUAUUCGUGUUGAAACGACGACUCGGUUAUUACCUCUUUCAUACAUAUGUUCCCACGUGUUUAAUCGUAAUCAUGUCGUGGGUCUCAUUUUGGAUCAAACCAGAAGCUGCCCCAGCCAGAGUAACCUUAGGAGUGACAUCGUUGCUGACCUUAUCGACUCAACACGCAAAGAGUCAAGCCUCUUUACCACCGGUCUCUUAUCUAAAAGCAGUCGAUGCCUUUAUGUCGGUCUGCACGAUAUUCGUGUUCAUGGCAUUGAUGGAAUAUUGUCUGGUGAACAUAGUUCUCGGUGAUUCCGAUGCGCCAGCAGCGAAACCACCACCACCACCGGCACCGCCAUCUUCUAGCGGCGCCGACUCCGCUAAACUCGAUAAAAUCUUCGAUAUUGCAACUAAGGAAAAUGCCAUGUUAUUGUCCGGCCGAUCGCAGAAGUCGAAUUCAGGUCCACCACCAGGACCAACGCCGGCUCAGAAGGCAAGAAUGAGGGCUUUGAACAUCGAUCGAGUCUCACGUGUUUUCUUUCCUUUUCUUUUUGCUGUAUUGAACGUCACUUAUUGGAUAAUGUUCGCUGAAUAUAUAUAAAAAAUCUUUUAUCUGAGGAAAAGUCAACAAUUUGAGAAGAGAGAGAGAGAGAAAGACAGAAAGACAGAGAGAGAGAGAGAGAGAGAGAGAGAGAAAUAAUCAGAAUGCAAGAUACCCGUUUAAAAUGAGAAAGAGUGAGAAAGAUGAAAUGUAAAAUUGGAUGAAUGUUAAAGUGUAUGUGUGUGUGUGUAUGUGAGAAAGAGAGAGAGAGAGAGAGAGAGAGAGAGAGAGAGAGAGAGAGAACAAACACACAUUAGUUAUUAAAAAGAUGGCAUCGAGUCGUGAACAAAAAGAAAAACUAACAAAAAAAAAGAAAAGAAAAGAAAAGAAACCUAACUUAUUUCUAACUCGAAAAACUCAUGCAUCGUUAUAAGAUCUAUAAAUGAUAGAUAAAAACGUAUUACUUAGACAUAUCUCGCGCUCUUUUUUUUUCUCGAAAUAAAUGGCUAUUUAAAAAAAAAAAAAGAAGAUAGAAAGAAGAAAAAUCCAAGAUCGAUCGAGAAAAAUUUGGGCGCCAAAUACGAACGAUCGUCGCGAUCGAAGAUUAAAAUAUCGAAUCGUUGAUCUAUCGCGAUAAAGAAAAAAAGUGAGACAGAGUUAGGUAAAAUCGAAUCUGUAAUUAAUUAUUAUUAAAGAGUUUUCGCUUAAAAAUAAAAAAAUAAUAAUAAAACAAUAAAUAAAAAAUAAAAAAAUAAAAGAAGAAAGAGAGAUGUGCCUAGAAAAAUUUGUCGAUCUCGAUAUCGUAGAAAUUAUUGCACCUGCCGCCAUUCCUUCGAAUUAUUCAUGCAAAAAAAAGUUUGCAAAAAGUAAAUCGUCCAAUCAAAAGCUUUUAGAUUGCUUUUUUAAUUUAACUUUUUACUGAUCUCUGCUUUUCGGACAUUCACGUGAGUCUCGUUAUGACGAGAAUUAAAAGAAAGAAAUGAAAUUAAUCAAUCUAAUUCAAUCUAAUUUAAUCAUUAAGAGCUAUCAGAUUUAAAUAGAAGAAUAUAAUUAACGUUUGUUCAUCGAUCUGUAUGGAUCUUGUAAAUUUUUUAAAUUUACAGGAUCAGGAUCUUGUAAAUUUUUUAAAAAUCCUUGUCGAACACAAUAACGAAUGUUUUUCAUCGACAUGAUUACAUUUUGGUACCGCAAUUAUUCUUCGAUGCCUCUCGUCUAUAUAUAUAUAUAUAUAUAUAUAUAUAUAUAUAUAUAUAUAGAUACUAUGAUAGCAUUGAAUUCAUUUAGAACACCCGCUGUACAUACGAAGAUAAGAUAAUAAUCGUUAUAUUAAAGAGAAUAGAGGAGAAAAAAAAAUGAAAAGAGAAAAGAAAUAUUUUCGAAGUGAAAUAAAAUGAAAAAUUCAGAGAUAUUAUUUCGAUCAUGUAUAUAUAUAUAUAUAUAUAUAUAUAUAUAUAUAUAUAUAUAUAUAUAGAGAGAGAGAGAGAGAGAGAGAGAGAGAGAGAGAGAGAGAAGUAAUCUUCCGUCAACUAAAAAAUUUCGUUCGCGUAAAUUCGCAUCGAUUGUGCGUCUUUAAUGUACAUACAUACACAUACACACACACUCACACACACACACACAACAUAUAUAUACGUAUACAUAAAUACAAAGCAACAAAACUUGAUUUGUUCUUCUCGUAGGAAUAUUAAUCGAAUUAAUUAUUGCAGUGAAAAUAUUCGUCCAUUUACGAAGGAACGACCAUUUAAAUUACGAGAUCGAACACAGGCCUCGUAUCUAUAAUUAUGUAUAAUGAGAAUGUGUAUAAAAUAAAGUAUGAUAAUGCACGA